GAACGGUCGAUUGUCUCACUCUGCCGUGUGACAUCUCGCCUGCGUUGCGUGCCCUCUUCGCAUGCGCCACACUUUACGUCACAGUUGUGCCUGGGCUCACCACCCUUGCCCCAGAUCUACAACUUUGUCUGCCAGGUUUGCGGGACAAAAAGUCAUCCGUAUUGCAGGGGUGUGGUUUAUGCACAGUGAUGCUGCUUCUGGCGCAUUCUUGAGAAGAUGGGCAGUCUGGAUCCUUUUGCUUGCCAUCAUUGUUGGUUUGUGCUUUCUCUUUGGCUUGGUCCUUUGAGCUUCAGCAUCUUUUUCGAACUUGUGCUUGCAACUUUCCUGAGAGUUUGACAUAGUCGCGUAUAUCACAAGAUGACGGGAUUCAUCACGAAUUACAUUCAAAACACUGCCAUGGGCAUGCUGUCCAGCGGCAUUACUGCUGCUGGGAAUGUAGCAGGUAAUGCCGUCGGCGGUGUCGGUACCAUGAUCCAGAGCAGUGGACAAGCUGUCGGCACUGGCAUCGAAGGCAGCAUCAAGAACUGGGGCAAUUACAUUAACAGCUACGGCGACCGCGCAGUAGCAGCCACAGCACCAAACCCUGGCUCCGCAACAGCAGUAAAGAAACAAAAAGCCCUUCCAGCACCACCAAAAGGUCCAGGAGCGCUCUCAAAGCAAAAGGCUUUGCCCGCAGCUCCUUCUUCUGCUCAAAAAGCACUUCCCGCACCGCCGGCAAAGGCAAAGACUUUGGGAGCGAAUACACCUUCAUAUGCUGGAGCAGUCAAGAAGACUGCUGUCUCUGCAGCGAGUAAACCGAAGAGUGUUGUGGGAGGUAGCCCUGUGCCGUCAGCCAAUGGGCUAUCCAAACCCUCUGUGCCGAAAGCAUCGGUGCCUAAACCGGUGGUGUCGUCUCUUCCUCCUGUCAACGCAAAGCCUCUGUCCAGCGUCUCCAGCAUCCCCGGGAAGGUCAAGGUCAGCGCGGCCAGUAAGCCAAGUCCAGGUGGUGGGUUGCCGAAAGCUCCAGUGAAUGGAUUGCCAAAAGCUCCUGGUGUAAAUGGUAUCUCGAAGGCUCCUGUUGCGAAUGGGCUACCAAAGGUCUCGAAUUUGCCGCCUGUCAACUCCAAACCUCUCUCCAGCGGGAAGGUAAGGAUCGAUCCUGCCAGCAAGCCGAAGAGGUGAAGGAGAUCGAUGCUAGAUGAGAUGGAUGUGAUGAUACAUCAGGCGAGCCAUCUUCCAGGGAAGGGGCAAAGGGCAUCUUGCCGACAUUACUCACCUGUUCUCUACAAUCCCAUUUUUCUGUACGCGAGUAAUGAAUUCACGACGACUGUCUCCUCGAUCUUUUACCUUAUACACAACAUCUAUAGUGUUUAAUGAUGCUCGAGCCUCAAGGACGACUCAGCGACCCAAAGUAAACCGGCGAAAUGGAAAGUUUAG